AGUUGAUGAAUAUUCACUGAAAUAGCAGGUGCCUACUUAUACUUACUUUUCUACUUCUGAGUAGUUCAGUGAUUGUUAGUGUUUCAUAAUUUUUGAUUGAUGAAAAUUCAAGGUGUAUUCGUGGUGAGUGAGAAUUUUGUGAAAUGAAGUUUUUAUAGUGCUGAGUGGAAACUAGAAUUGUACGAACUUCACCUGAGAUUAUCGAGUUGAUGGAAAAUCUGAGGAAAGCAGAAGAUGAUUCUUCAUUUUAUAUGGUUCACCCUAACUACCCUGGCUGUUAUGUGAAAAUAUCCAGCAUCAAGACGACUCCCUUACCAGGCGAGGACCCGUCGUCGGCCAGCGGCGGCUACUCGGGAGGCGGCCUCUUCUCGCACAUGAACAUGGCGGGGUACCUGAAGAGCCCCCCCGGCGCGGGGGGCCCCCACCACGGCCACUUCUCCUCCCACCCCGGCCUCGGCGGCAUGGCCAUGCCCGGUCUGGGGCCCUUCGGCCUGUCUCAUCCUUUGGAGCCGGUGCCCUUCCCUCAAGUUUAUUCCUAUUUUGCAGGCGUGAACCCAAGGAAGCAGCGUAGGGAGCGAACGACCUUUACUAGGGCGCAACUCGACAUCCUCGAAUCCCUUUUCGGCAAAACGAGAUACCCCGACAUCUUCAUGAGGGAAGAAGUGGCAUUGAAAAUCAAUUUACCGGAGUCGAGGGUCCAGGUUUGGUUCAAGAACAGGCGAGCCAAAUGCAGACAGCAGCUGCAGCAGCAGCAACAGAAAGAAUCCAACCGUACCCCUUCCACCCCUACGAAGUCCAAGCCCAGCAAACAGCCCCCUGCUGCAGUCCCCACGACAGUGGCUCCCCCAGUCAACAUCCCCACUCCCACCACAUCAGUUUCCCCUCCCGUGGCGAACAUCAAGAAAGAGUCCCCCCAAGUACAACCCUACAAGAACAACGGGAACCUGACGCCGCUGGGCAGCAAUACCUCGAGCGUAAUGACAACCCCUUCGCCUCCAAUCACCCCAAGCAGUAACCCACCCCUGGCCUACCAGCACGAAGGGUAUAACUCCUUUAAUUGGCACGCGAAUGGUCACAAUUCCUCUCCCCACCACUAUUAUGGGCAAAACUACAACCCGGCUUAUUACAGCCAAAUGGACUAUUUCAACCAGCAGAACUCCCAGAACCAGAUGCAGAUGGGGAACCACAUGGGGGGUACGUACCAGAUGGGGAGCUAUCCAGGUAUGGCUAUGUCUGCGGCGACUCACCAUCAAAAUUUCAGUCCACGGCACCCUUCUGACUGUAGUCUGGACUACAUGAACCAGAUGGUUUAGUCAAAGUACAAACGAUGAGCUACGGACAAUCGAAUAUAUCACGAGUGCAUAUCACACGGGGUGUUUUUGUAUAUAGAUUUUGGGCCUAACUGCGGCAAAUGUACAAUAAUGAUAGAGUUAAACGAAGAUUUGUAUAUACGUAUUGAAUUUUAUUGUAAUUUCGAAAUCGAAAGGACUAUUACAUUGAUUUUGAAGAAAGGGCAUUUCAAUUUUUCACAUAAAUUAGUCAUUCUCACAGAGAUGCUAUAAAAGAUGAAGCUUUGAUUGAGAUAAGUAGCUCAAAAACUAGUGGUAAUUGGUAAGACCAAAUAAAUUUUGCGAAAAAAUGUUAAGAAGAGCGUAUCCAUUACUGAGAAUCUCUUCAAAUAAUUAAUGUUUCUCAGAUUUACCUUCAUCACUGUUUUUUCUUUUCAAUCAAUGUUGUAGUGUUAUUGGAUCGGUCAUAUUAUAUUUUUAUUUGAUUUCGUCCAAUAUGUACAUUUUUGUACGUUACCUAGUUGUGUAUUUUCAUCAUAAUUUAGUAUAUUAUAUAUUGCAAAUGGUGAAUAUAUUUUAUUUUGACUCAGGAAUUGUGGACAAAUUCAAAAUAAGUAAUCUUCUGUGAUUCAAAAUCCUGAUAAUUCUGCUUGCUACAAGUUCACUAUUUCAGUUUGUUGUGUAAUAAUUCUAGAUGAUGAGUGAAUCCUGCAAAAAUUUAAUUUAAUUUCCCUGUUUUGUGUAUAAUUCCAAUAUUCGAAAUUAAUCAACUGAUACGCGGUCUUGAUCAAACAAACCGUUCGCAAUUGAAUUAUUUGUUUUUAUACAUGUUCAAAUGUAAACAUAAACAUAAUAAUUUUUGAAAUGUAAAUAAAUAUAUUAUACAG